GUUGAUCCGCAAGGAUUUGGUCCGCUUUCCAUGGUUUCUCAGGGGACGAGAUUUUGAGAAACCUGGCGAGGGAUUUAAGCAUCUAGUAUCCCACCGGCGGCAACUUGGAAAUGGAAAUUGACGCUACGCAUAAUUGGAAUCCAUCCAUGGGCGGAGGCGUGAGAGAAGUUCUGUUUGAAGUACGGCGUCACGCUUCAGGAACUUACCCCAAUUACCCUCCGACGGGUCAACAGUUGGACGAUGGCCGCGGAAGGACUUUACUCUCCUACUUUUCAUUGCGAGGCAUCACCCAAAUGACGGAGAGAUGGGCAGAAUACAGGAAUCCAAAAAAGUUGGGUAAGCAUGCAGCUUUGUUCAUCUCUCAUGCAGAUCGAGUGGCUGUAGCUUUCAGGAAUCAGAUAACGUUCUUGCAGAAAGAUGAUGACUAUCAACAACCAAGUGGCACUUUUACCAGUGGAAACAUCAGUGCCUUCACGUGUGGUACAUGGUCAGAAGCUCAUGAAGUCCUUGGAGUUUUUGAUGACACUAAUACUCUAUAUUUCAUUAAAGCUAAUGGAGAAGAAAUUGCCAGAAUCACCGGGAAGCAUCUUAAAGUCUCCCUACCAAUAUUGUGCUUGAUUUUGCAGGAUGGCAAUGAUGUGAACAAAGCAUGCUUGUGUACCUUUAGCAUUCUUACGUCAGAUGGUUCACUCCACGAUUUAGAAAUUAGUCAGGAUCUAAGUGCCUCCAUGUCUGCAGCUCCUCUUGCACGUACUGGAGUAAUGCUGAAGAAACAAUUCCCAAAGAAUGUUUUCUGUAUGCAUCACCAUCCAAAGUUGUCUUUGUUCGCUACAAUCAGUAGUGCCAGUGGUGUUGCCAUUUCCAAUACGUCAGGACAUCCAGGAUCACCUAGUCUAUCUCUUUGGCAAAGAAGUAGCAGCUCAGAUUUGGAGCUCAUGGUAUCCAUUGAUUUUGAAGGUUUAUAUGCUCAAGCAAAAGGUGUAGAUCAGUUGAUUUCUCCGAAGGUGCUCAUCUCACCUGAGGGAAAUUUUGUUGGCACUCUUGAUGCUAAGGGUUGCUUGCUUAUUUUUAAGUUUCAUCAAAAGCAGUGGAGCCUAUCAAAUCUUUACAAUACAAAGAGGUAUGAUCUGCAAAUGAAAAAUGACUUGUCUGGUGGAGGCAUGGAUUUUCUGAAUGAUCUAGUUGACUUUACUUGGUGGUCUGAUGAUGUACUUGCUGUUGCAAAAAGGGAUGGCACUAUUACGAUGUUUGAUGUCCCUACUGGUGUUAAAUUGUUGGAGAAAGAUCCUGUUUGCUCAAUGCCUAUCAUGGAAACAGUGGAGAAGUUGUCUGGAUGCCUUUUUCUUUUGGAGAGUACAUCUGGGCAAAGCUAUAAAUCAUCUGAAGAAAAAAGAACAACAGACUUGCGUCUUAUUGAGCAGCUGGAAUGUGCUAAACUGCAGUGGAAUUUAUUUUCACUUUCAGAAAGAUCUGUUUCUGAAAUGUAUGACUUGCUAAUACGUAAACAAGACUAUCAAGUUGCUCUUAGCUUUGCUCAUCAUCAUGGGUUGGAUAAAGAUGAACUGUUGAAGUCACAAUGGAUGUCUUCUAGUCAAGGAGUAAACGAGAUAAAUAAAUUGCUGUCAACUAUCAAGGACCAUGUUUUUGUCCUGUCUGAAUGUGUAGAUUGUGUAGGACCAACAGAAGAUGCAGAGAAGGCUUUACUGGCUUAUGGACUCCACCUAACAGAGGAUUACAGGUUUUCUAAAUCACAAGAAGAUGAGAGCAGCCAAGUUUGGGACUUCCGUAUGGCAAGAUUAAAGUUGCUUUUGUUUAGAGACCGGCUGGAAACAUUUCUUGGGAUAAACAUGGGAAGGUAUCUCGCUCAAGAGUACAAUAAAUUUCGUAAUUUACCAAUUAAUGACGCUGCUGUAGCCCUUGCAGAGACAGGGAAGAUUGGAGCGUUAAACCUUCUUUUCAAACGACAUCCAUAUUCGCUUGGUCCUUACAUAUUGGAGGUUCUUGCUGCUAUUCCUGAGACAGUUCCAGUUCAGAGUUAUGCACAGCUCCUUCCUGGGAAUUCCCCUCCUGCAAGUAUUGCUCUGAGGGAGGAAGAUUGGGUUGAAUGUGAUAAGAUGGUCUCAUUUAUAAACAGUCUACCUGAGGACCAUGGUAGCAGGGUUCUUAUUAGAACUGAACCAAUUGUCAAGAGAUACAUGGGAUUUCAAUGGCCAUCAACUGCUGAUCUUUCUAGCUGGUACAAAAAUAGAGCCAGAGAUAUUGAUACCUUAAGUGGGCAGCUUGAAAACUGCAUGUGCUUGGUUGACUUUGGUUAUCAAAAGGGGAUCUCAGAGUUGCAGCAUUUCUAUGAGGACAUCUCUUUCCUGCGCCAGCUUAUUUAUUCUGAUGAAAAUGAAGGGAAAAGAAAUUUUUUUCUUAGUCUUAUUGCUUGGGAGAAGUUAUCUGACUAUGAAAAAUUCAGAUUGCUGCUCGUGGGAGUGACAGAGGAAGACGUAAUUGGAAGACUAAAGAAUAUUGCAAUCCCAUUCAUGCAAAAGAGGGAUUAUCAUAUAGCUGCUGAUUCUACAGAUGAGCUGAUUGGUAGCCAAUGUACUAUGGAUAAUACAGCUGACUCAUUUCUGGUUAGAUGGCUAAAAGAGAUUUCUUUGGAAAAUAAACUAGGGAUAUGUUUGAUAGUAUUUGAAGAAGGGUGCACGGAUCUGGAAAAUAGUUACUUUUUCAAAGAUGAGGCCCAGGUGGUGGAUUGUGCUCUGCAGUGCAUGUAUUUGUGCUCUUCAACAGAUAGAUGGAGUACAAUGUCCUCAAUUUUAUCUAAACUUCAACAUUUACGAGGUUAUGGAAAUGAGGACCUCAAGACAAGAUUGAAAGUCACUGAAGGCCACGUUGAAGCAGGGAGGAUUUUGGCAAUUUACCAGGUGCCAAAGCCUAUUAACUAUUUUAGGGAGGCACAUACAGAUGAAAAAGGUGUAAAACAGACACUUCGUCUUAUACUCUCCAAAUUUAUUCGGAGGCAGAUGGGUCGAUCAGAUAAUGACUGGGCUAACAUGUGGCGUGAUUUGCAGUCUUUGCAAGAAAAAGCUUUUCCCUUCCUUGAUUUGGAGUACAUGUUGAUAGAGUUCUGUAGGGGAUUGCUUAAAGCUGGAAAAUUUCCACUUGCAAGGAACUAUUUAAAAAGUACAGGUUCAGUAGUUUUGGCUGCAGAUAAGGCCGAAACUCUGGUCAUUCAAGCUGCAAGAGAGUAUUUCUUCUCAGCAUCAAGUCUUGAUUGUCCAGAAAUAUGGAAGGCUAAGGAAUGUCUUAAUAUCUUGCCUAGUAGCAGAAAUGCCAGGGCAGAAGCUGAUAUCAUUGAUGCCCUUACCUUGAAACUUCCAAAACUGGGAGUAAAUGUCCUGCCAUUGCAAUUUAGACAAAUGAAAGAUCCAUUGGAAAUAAUUAAGUUGGCAAUUACAAGUCAAGAUGGAGCUUAUCUCAAUGUUGAUGAACUUAUUGAAAUUGCCAAACUUCUUGGAUUGAGCUCACACGAUGAAAUAUCAUCCGUACAAGAAGCUAUUGCAAGAGAAGCUGCUGUUGCUGGAGAUUUGCAACUAGCUUUUGAUCUGUGUCGUGUUUCUAAAAAGGGUCAUGGUUCUGUCUGGGACUUAUGUGCUGCUCUUGCAAGAGGUCCUGCCCUUGAUAAUAUGGAUGUAAAUUCUCGAAAGCAUCUUUUAGGGUUUUCUUUGAGCCACUGUGAUGAAGAAUCUAUUGGUGAUCUGCUAAGGUGGAAAGAUCUUGACAUGAUGGGACAGUGUGAAACUUUAAUGAUGCUGACGGGAGUGAGUUCUGUUGAUUUUGGAACUUGUUCAGGAAAGGUUGAUAAUGUUGGUUAUGGUGAUCAAGGACAUCUUGAUGCCGUAAAAGAUUUGCUCUCUGUAGUUGCAGAAAAUUUGCCUUUUGAGAAUGGUUAUCAAUGGGAAUCUAUCCUUAGAGAAAACGGGAAAAUUUUGUCCUUUUCUGCUUUGCACCUUCCUUGGUUACUUGAACUGAUUACUAAAGCAGAAACAACUAAAAAACAUAUAUCAGGCUCAGUUUCAGGAAAGCAGUACAUAAGUGUUAGAACACAAGCUGUUGUAACUAUUAUCUCUUGGUUGGCAAGGAACGGUUUUGCUCCAAAAGAUAAUUUGAUCAUCUCCAUUGCCAAAUCAAUUAUGGAACCUCCUGUUACUGAAGAGGAGGACAUCAUGGGAUGCUCUUUUCUCUUAAAUCUGGUGGAUGGCUUUUCUGGUGUGGAUAUUAUUGAAGGAUUUGUGAAAGCAAGGGAAAGUUACAACGAAAUUACGAGCAUUAUGAAUGUGGGGUUGAUUUAUGGUUUAUUACAUAACCGCAGAGGCGAAUGUGAGGAGCCUGCUCAGAGGAGGAUGCUGUUGCUUAGGGAAUUCCAACAGAAACACAAAUCAGUUGCAUCAGAUGAAAGAGAUGAAUUAGACAAGGCACAAUCUGCAUUCUGGAGAGAGUGGAAACUAAAAUUAGAAGAGCAAAAGCGUGUGGCAGAUCAUUCAAGGGUUUUGGAACAGAUUAUUCCUGGUGUUGAAACAGCUCGUUUUUUGUCUGGAGACACUAGCUACAGGGAGAGUGUUGUUUUUUCCUUUAUUGAAUCCAUAAAACUGGAGAAGAAACAUGUAUUAGAAGAUGUUAUAAAAUUAGCCCAUACCUAUGGCUUGGAUCAGACCAAGGUGCUACUCCACUAUAUAAGUUCUACUUUUACUUCUGAGGCUUGGACAGUGGAUGAUAUUGUGGCUGAUCUUUCACAAUUCAGAAAAGAAGUGAUUUCCUCUGCUGCAGAAACCAUAACAGUCAUUACUGUGUCUGUCUACCCUUUGAUUGAUGGUCAUGAUAAGCAGCGGCUUGCUUAUAUAUAUGGUCUACUUGCAGAGUGCUACUUGCAGCUGGAAGAGCUAAAAGAACCACUUCCUACUAUUGGCCAGAGUCCAAUGCACUUAGAUGCCAUCCAUUUAGCUCGUUUCAGCAAGGUUGUAAGCCAAGAAUGUUUCAGGGUUUCCUUUAUUGGUGGCCUCAACUUCAAGAAAAUUGCUGGAUUGACAGAUCUGAACUGGGAUAGCUUCAAUGAUGAAGUCUUUUCUCACAUUAGUGAAAAGAAUGUUGAAGCGCUGGCAGAUAUGGUCCGCAACCUUAUCGGGUUGUAUGGAGAUUCAUUACCUGAAGGUCUUUUAUCAUGGCAGUUUGUCUACAGACACCAUGUGCUGAAUUUGUUGACAACCUUUGAAACUCAAUUUAAAACAGAUGGCCUUAGUGAAAGCCCUGAAAAUUUUCAUUGCUUCCUGAGUGAGCUUGAGCAAACCUAUAAUGCUGUCCUUAAAUACGUGAAAUUCAUUGAAUAUCCAGGUAUAUUGGACAUAAUGAUGCGAUUCUUUGCAGUAAUGGUACCUUUUGAGAAACCGUCAAGUAAAUGUUUUGACUCAUUGUGGCAGGAGUGUCUUCUCAAGUUAUUGAAUAUGUGGCUUAGAAUGAUGAGUGACAUGCAGGAACUUAAAUCUCUUGAACAUUCAGAUGAAAGCUUCUGUUCAGAAUCUUUAGUGACGUGUCUCAAAGUAUUCAUUAACUUGAUUUUAAAGGGGAAAGUCUCUCCCAUUGAAGGUUGGGGCACCAUUAUUAGUUUCAGUAACUCAGGCGUUAAUGGUGAUGCUAUAGUUGAAAUUUUUAAUUUCUGCAGAGCAAUGCUUUUCUCAGGAUGUAGGUUUCUAGCUGUUGCCUAUGUAUUUACUGAUGCACUGAGUCAACUCUCGCCUGGGUCGGCUUUGGCAUCAAGCACUGGAAGAUAUUAUAUCAAUAUCCAGGAUCUCCCCCAUCUUUACAUAAGUUUACUGGAGGUGAUCUUGCUUGACCUAGACAGUGGAUCUCUUGAAAAGCAAAAGUUUCACUCUUUCUUGUCAUCUUUGAGUAAACUUGAAGGGAACUUGGAGGAAUUGAAAUGUGUCAGGGAUUCUGUUUGGAAAAAGUUGGCAGAGGUUUCUGACAACUUGCAGCUUCCUAGCCACUCACGUGUAUAUAUCCUGGAGCUUAUGCAGUGUAUUAGAGCUACAGAUAAGGAGCUGAAAGUGUUCUCUUCUGAGCUAGACACCUAUGUUAUUCCUUGGGAAGGGUGGGAGAAUGUCCAGAGUGGAUGUGUAAAUCAUGAAAAGACCAGUGAUUGUGGGAUGUCAAAUGUUGCAGACACAGCUAACAGAUUUACAAAUACUUUAGUUGCCCUUAAAUCAUCUCAGAUGUUGUCAGCUAUCUCGCCAAGCUUGGAAAUUGCACCAGAAGAUCUAUUAACUACUGAAUCAGCAGUUUCUUGCUUUGUAAAAGUGUCUGAAUCUGCCAAGUCUGAAUCCGAGAUUGAUGCUUUGAUAGCUAUGUUGGGAGUGUGGGAGGAACUUUUCAUGUAUGGAAGAAAAGAUUCUCCUAAGGUAGAUGAUAUUGGAAAUAGUUGGAGUAAUGAUGAUUGGGAUGAGGGAUGGGAAAGCUUUCUGGAAGAAUCUAGGGAGAAAGAGUCGAAGAGUAACAGCACUCUUUUGGUUCAUCCUUUACAUGUAUGUUGGCUGGAGAUCUUCAAAAAAUUAAUAAGGCUUUCCAGGUACGAGGAAUUCCUGAGAUUGGCUGAUAAGUACAAAGGAAAUACCACGCAAAUUUUGCUUGAUGAAGAUGAUGCUCGUUGUCUAAGUCAAAUUAUGCUUGAAUUGAACUGUUUUAUUGCUCUUAAGAUAAUGUUGUUACUGCCAUAUGAAGCUGUACAAUUGCAGUGCUUGGAAGCCGUAGAGGUAAAGUUGAAACAAACAGGCAUCCCGGAUGAAUUUGGCAAAGAUUAUGAAUUCUUGCUUCUUUUAUUAUCAUCUGGAAUAGUAGUACCUAUCAUCACCAAAUCUUCUUAUGGCACCACUUUCUCGUGUCUUUGCUAUAUGUUUGGGAAUGUCUCUCGUCAGUGGCAGGAGGCACAGUUGUCAAGCCUCAAAUAUAUGAUAGCCAGUGAAGAUAAAAGCAACUUGAACCUUAUUUUUGUUUUCACAAGACUGCUUUUCCCAUGUUUUCUAGCAGAGCUUGUGAAAGCUGACCAGCAGAUUCUGGCAGGGUUUUUUGUUACAAAAUUCAUGCACACUAGUGCAUCAUUUAGUAUAGUGAAUGUUGUGGAUGCUAGUCUUAGAAGAUAUUUCGAAAAGCAGCUCCAACUGCUAGACGAUGAUGAAGCCUCUUGGGAGGGCAUCAAUUCUAGUAAACCUUUGUUGAACACCAUAUUGAGCUUUAGAGACAGGUUAGGAGAAUUGAUCCCAUCCGCUUUGUCAUUACUUCCUGCACCGGGUUGAUGAUGUUUUGGAUGUUUUAAUGAACAUUUGGUUUUAGAGUUGUUAAAAGAUAUCUUCAUAUACAUCUUGCUGAAGAAUUCAAGGGUCCGGUGACGUUUCCCUUUGUGUGUAUAGAGGAGUCUAUGUACUUACAUAGCAGAUACCAACAGUGAAAAACAAAUGAAUCAUAGUCUCAAUUUAUUACUGAGCAGCUUUUUGUUCG